GCUGCAACCACUGGCCGGGCACCUCGACGUGCCGAAGGAGAGAGCUCUGGCCGGCGCAAUAUCAGGGCACUCAUGGCGGCUGCACAUCAAUGCGCUGCAGUGAGGCAGGGGCCUCAGCUCAUCUGUAGCGCUUUGACGGUGGCAAUAUUGUUCACAAGUGCUGUCAUAGCUAUUGAAGUGCAAGAGGCCGGGAGUCUGACCGCGUUGGUUGGCAGCAAAGCUGCGCGACAGACCUACUUUGAGUGGAACUUGGGGUAUGCGCUGUCCAACAUCCAGCAGUAUCUGGGCGAUAAGGACCCCGUGACCGUCCUCGACUGGCAGAAGGUCUAUCGUCAGCAGGCGACGCUGAACACGGCAGUUCUGGGGAGGGGCGGGCGGGCCAGCGAUGGAGCCAAUGGCACGCUGCGGUAUAUCAUACAAGGGAGCUUGAACGGUUACGCGUAUCGAGCGGACACCAACGCCACAGCAACCAUGAACAAGGCGUUGCCAGCACGAUUGAGUGGGGAGCCUUCUUACUUGGGUACGGGAAUGAUGCCCAUUGUGUGUGCCCAGACACGGGUGGAGCCGGCAGCUACCAAGGGAGGCAUUGAGUGCAACGUGCUCCUUGCCCAGGCCGUGGUGAAAGUGGGAUUGCCGCCUGCAAACCCGGCCGACAACGCUUCAUACUCCAGCGCGCAGCUCCUAGAUUGUGGCAGCCAGUGUCAAAGCUUCAAUGACUCUUUCCAACUUCAGAGUGCUGCGACAGGCAUACACUUUCCCCUGAGCUACACUCAGCUCUAUGUGGAGCAAGCAGCGCAGUUCAGCAGCUUGCCUAUAGACACACAGAGUUUCAUCGGGGAGCAGAACAACCCCCUCUCACUGGAAAACCUCCAGACAACGGCCACCCUCAACGCGUAUGCCCCCUUGAAUAACACCCCUGUUUGCUCGGGCACCACGAGCGUCGUCCCUUCGCUCUCUAGUUACAUCUUGGGCGGGACAACUGCAUUUUGCGCUAGGUGGAACGGGUUCCUCGUGGCGUUUGCCUGGCAGGGGAAGCUGCCAGAAUUCAACAACAUGGCGGAAGAGGACUGCGCGCAGCUCUAUAGGGAGCCAUAUUGGGGUUAUCUCUUCAGUCUGGGGGAGACACGGAACUUUAUAACGAGCAACAAUGACCCCGUGUGCAGCGCCAAGUCAUACACCACCACGUUAGCAAGCGCAGCGCAGAACACGUUUGGGAUGAGGUACACUGUGGGAUAUCUCUCCCCCGAGAGCGCCGCCGCAAUCGCCGAUCUAGCGUAUCUCCACUUCUCGCCGCAGUCGAUGUUGCAGCUGGAUGGUUUAGUGCACGUGGCAAACUCAACCAAGAUUAUGGCGGACCCGAGGAGCGGGGACGCGUGCCUUUUGAAGCAGAGGGAUCCUUCCGAAGGUAUAGUGGGCGACGGCACCGUAAACCUAGGCAGCGACUUGGUGAAGAGUCUGCUGGCGCUCGCGAUCCAAUCUGCGUAUGCCUCAAAUCAGGGGUCCACAAUCGCAGCUGCCAGAGCUCAGAUCGUCGCCCUGCUGAGCCGUUUCACACUGAACUCCGCUCUCAGCAACGCAGUGGCGAGUAUUGCAGCGGGCUACGGUGUGAAUGCCUUCAAAAGCAGGCUUCCCUUUUUGUCGGACAACAAGUCGUGGGUAACCAUUGUGGUCCGUCUUGCGGGGUCUCUCGUGGAGGCCCUUUCAGUAAACGUUGCGACUAUCGCCUAUCUGUGGGGUCUGGUCGCGCAUCGGUAUGAACACGCAACGGCUUCCUGGGUGCACACCUCUCUGAACCAAGUCGCGGCUUAUGAGAGCUUCACGCUUUUGGCGUCGACAAAGGUGACACUGACCGGGCAGGUUCAGCGUUUCGAAAUCCAGGUUGCAAUCAUUCUAGCGGCCAUUCUCAUCAGCUCCGCUCUGGUUAUGUAUAGAUGGCACUUUGCGACCCAGGCUGCAGAGGACCGGAAGGGCAGUGUGUUUACUGGACUGGGGACCGGUUAUCUGUAA